AUGGCGCAGUUACUGAAUUUGAAGGGCGGGGCCCUGAAUCUGGGGGCUGUAAAGCAGGGACUCACGACAGGUCUGGACCAGGGCUUGAGUUUUAUGAAGCAAAAGAUCAACGAGGUAUUUUUUUUGCGUUCCUUUCCAGUUUGGACCUUCAUCACAUGUUCUUCACUCUGAUAGUGCGGAAGCAGCUGUAGACUUGAACAGGAGAGAUGCGCACACAGAGACGCGACACACUCAGAAAAGAAAUAUAACAACAAUCGCAGGUCGCGAAGCACACUCGGCAAGCCGGAUACGACAGCGACGACGACCCGCCCACGAUCGAGCCGACGAACCCCGGGGAGCAGCUGGUGCGUUACUUCAUCCAGGGCGGCAAUCCGCAGGUCCCCGAUGACGAGGACAACAUGUUCACGCUCCCCGCACUGCCCUACUACACCAAGGCGGUGGUUUUGCAAGAUUUUCCGCUCCGGGGCGAGUUCCACUUCCGCUUCAAACAGCCGGACGACGAGUUCGGGUUCAUUUGGGUGGACGUCCCGGAUCUGGAAGACCUCGUGCCCUGCUACCAGGGAAUGAUUCAGCUCAAGGUAUGGAAGAGGAAGAUAUCAAGAACGAAUUGGACAACCUACCUGAUGAAAAUUUUAUUUCGCGCGUAAAAAUCCACGAAUCUCUUCACAAAAAAGUUUAGUCUAGUGCACGUGCAUCAGUGAAGAUUCGCGAUGUUGUCCGAAAUUUUCAGGUCCUCUCCCUCCCGGUUCCGAGUCCGGAGUACGCGCGCGUCAGCAGCGUUGCGCGUCCGGUCGACUCCCGGGGGUCUCGGGGCCAGUUUUCGCCCAGUCAGCGCAGACAGCAGCCGGUGGAGACGGGGGUACAGCCGUCAAAGCCCGUCGCCAACCCAGACUUGCUGAUCGGCACGGGCCCAGCGAGCGCCAGCAGCUCCUUCGGCUCGGUGCAGUCCUAUGCGUCGGGCCCGACGGCGAACCAAAGAGGACAUGGCGGGAACCACUUCGCGAAGAACGAUCUGGAGUCGCUCGGGCCGGUUGUAAAAGCGGAGGACCUCGACCGAGACAAGCUGGUUCGAGAACGAGAAGAGGAGAAAGCAGCGAGAAUGCGCGAGAAACUAGAAAAGCACAACGCGGUAGUAAAACGACUUUUACAUUCUGGAUGUGGAUUUUUUUUUUUGACGUUGCGAUUGCGAGAGCAAGGAAAAUUUCAAUGUAGUUUGUGAUUGCACACACUCUGUCGACGAGCUGCUAGUCUGGGCCGCGCCUUGCGUUUCGUUUGAGGUGGAAGAAGAAAAAUUUAUAUCAUAAUCACACCACAGGCUCGCGAAAAGGAAGAGUCCGGGAAGCAGGAGCGGGCAGAAGCGGGGCAGGAACUGAAGACGGAAAUGGAUAAUUGGUGCAUGAACCCGCAGGACGGCAAAUGUCGCGACGUGCGGACCCUCCUGGCCAGCUUGCAGGAUGUCAUUUGGGAAGGCAGUACGUGGCACCCCGUGAGUCUGGGCGACCUGAUGCUGAACCCCAGUAGGGUGAAGAAGUGCUGGCAAAAGGCGAUUUUGAUAUCGCACCCAGACCGCCACAAUGACGCGGACGGGCGCAGGAGGUAUCGCGCAGAGCGAAUUUUCGAGGCCAUCAACGAAAGCUACAAAUCCUUCAAACCGUAGUGACGACACUUUUUCACGACCCGUGUGCGUAGAGCGACACCAACGCGAAGUUACAUUAUGCGGCAAUAAGUUCCGCGACUAAGAAAUAAACCGGGAAAGCAGCACUGAGUGAGCCCUCCUAGGCCUGUAUGGAUCGUCGUUGUUCGCAAUAAAGUAGUUGUGAGCCACUAACUUGAUGAAAUUCGGCAGAUGUACUAUGUUGAGGGACAAAUAUUUAUGGUGAUCAUGAAUGACAAUGAACUUGAAAGAUCAUUUCUCCUUUACGUGUUUUCUGGACGAUCAUUUGCGAAAG